CGCCAACCGCCUGGGCGUGCGCAGGCGUGGGGAGCAGCUGGUCCGCGCGUCGCUACGUUGUGAGGGAGAAGUGGCUGUUGAGCGGAGGCUUUGCCGGAAUCUCCGCAGCCCGUCGGCGGCCAGAGCUCCCCGAAACGCCGGUGCCCCACAGGGAGAAGUGUGUCCCUGGGAAGGAGACUCCGCUGCCCGGCGCUCGCUGCGGGGCCGCGCACAGGCCGGCGUUUUGCCUUCUCCACCAUCUGGUCCAAAACCCACGUUUCCAACACUAGUUACAGGGCUGCAUACUGAGUUUGUGAAUUGUGGAGGAGCAGCAAGCCUGGAGAUUAGAAAAGGAAGAUCCAAAGAACGAUUUUGUCUGCAGCACAGAAUGUCUUUACCUAGCCAAUACACAAAUUUAGUCUCCUUUAAACAUCCCUGUGGCGGAGGUACACUCAAUUUAAGUGUAUGAUUAUCAUAAGAACCACCCAAUAACUACAAUCUGUGCCCACCAGUGAAUCCCAGCCAGCUUCUAGUGUGGUGCAGUGAACUGUGUGUGGUUCCUUCUACUCGGGGACCAUGCAGAGAGCUUCACGUCUAAAGAGAGAGCUGAACUUGUUAGCCACAGAGCCACCCCCAGGCAUCACUUGCUGGCAAGAUAAGGACAAAAUGGAUGAUCUGCGAGCUCCCAAGAUUUGGGCAUCAGCUCUGAAGCAGUGUUUAGACCAAAGAUCACCAUCUCAAAUAUCUGUGAGGCCAGACAGGAAACAUAAUCAGAAUACUGCAGUACAGACAAAACAAAUCUGCAGCUUAUAUUUGAUCUGUGAAAUAUUAGGUGCGGCUGACACACCUUAUGAAAAAGGUGUUUUCACGCUGGAAGUUAGCAUUCCCGAGAGGUACCCCUUUGAACCUCCUCAGAUCCGAUUUCUGACUCCAAUCUAUCAUCCAAACAUCGAUUCUGCUGGAAGGAUUUGUUUAGAUGUUCUCAAAUUGCCACCAAAAGGCGCCUGGAGACCAUCCCUCAACAUUGCAACUGUACUGACUUCUAUUCAGCUGCUCAUGUCCGAACCCAACCCCGAUGAUCCCCUCAUGGCUGACAUAUCCUCCGAAUUUAAAUAUAAUAAGCCAGUCUUCCUCAAGAAUGCCAGGCAGUGGACAGAGAAGCAUGCAAAACAGAAACAGAAGGCUGAUGAGGAAGAGAUGCCUGAUGAUCUGCCAGAGGCUGGUGACUCAGAAGUAAGCAACACGACACAGAAAAGGAAAGCCAGGCAGCUGGGAGGCAUAGAAAAGAAAUUUCACUCUGAUGCUUAGGCGUUUGUCCUGGUUGUAGUUAAUAUAUUUUUUCUUAGGAUGUUCUAAUUUGCCUACCUCUCUUGGAUGUUUUUCUUUGUAUUUGAUGACAUUAUCAUCUUUCGUGUCCUAUAAGACAGACCUUGUGUAUUUACGUAUUCUGCUCUACACUGAUUCUCUGAGGCUAGUUUGUUUUAUUUAGCUUGUACAUACGUAGUUUGAAACCUUUUAAACCUGAAAAAUAAAUAACCACUUAAUGUUGAGUAUGUGUUUAUUCUGAAUGUGUGUCUGGGAGCAAACUGUCCAGAAAGCUAUAUAAUAAGAAUGUUAAAAUAUUUGGAAUUGUUGUCUCUUAUUUUGCCAACUUACCAACAUCACUAGGGACGCUGAAUGUUUGACGUAGAUGUAAAAUCACUGUUGGAAACGAUUCAGUUACCACCAGGCUUUCAAGGACUCUAGGUUUUCAGGAGUCUUAACAGAAUGUGGGAAUAAGGUAAUGGACCCUUUUGUUAAUUUUUUUGCAGUUUUUACUUUUUGCGAUUUACAUAGCUGGUCAGAAUUACCACGGUAAUAAAUACUUAUU